UCGAUUGCAUCAUUUGCUUCAUUAACACAGUUGGUCAUACUGCUGAACUGACAGUUUCAUUGGGAAAUGGUUGUAAAGUAAAGAUGGCAGUGAGAGGUGGUGCACGAAUUUUUCUCCUUAUAAUUUUGUGUAUUAUCGUGUUAGAAUCGUGUAACGGAGCCGCGACAGACAUUGAAUUAGAUGCAAAAGCACAGUUGUUACAUAGGCUUGAUAGUUUGAAUCUUCUAUUAUACACAUUUCUAUUAAUAUUAACUGUUUUAACAAUAUGGACAUUUAAGCAUCGUCGACUUAGGUUCCUCCAUGAAACUGGUCUAGCUGUCAUUUACGGAUUAAUUAUAGGGGCAAUAAUUCGUUAUGGCUUUAAAACAAGUAGCACCAUACUCCAUAUGCCUGUUGUGCCAGACAACAGUAGUAAAUACAACCAAUCAGUUCCUCCGGAUACGUUGUGGUUACGUUUCCCAGAAGAUAAUGGUGGUGGCACCAUUAAAAAUAAAACAUUCGCUUACUCAUUUAGGGGGGAAAUUUACAAGCAAGAUAAUGAAAUUGAUUUAAAGGCCACCUUUGAUCCUGAAAUAUUUUUCAAUAUUAUUCUACCUCCAAUUAUUUUUCAUGCUGGUUAUAGUUUAAAGCGAAAAUACUUCUUUAGAAAUUUAGGUGCAAUUCUUAUGUACGCUCUAAUUGGAACAACAAUUUCAGCAUUUGUCAUAGGAGCUUUGAUGUAUGCCUUUGUGCAAUUAAUACCACGUCUUUCCAGUUCGUUCACAUUUUUGGAUACAUUAUACUUUGGAGCAUUAAUAUCUCCUACAGAUCCACUAACUAUAAUUUCUAUUUUUAAUGAUUUACAUGUAGAUGUAAAUUUAUAUGCUUUAGUAUUUGGGGAAAGUGUUUUAAAUGAUGCAGUUGCUAUUGUACUCAGUGGUUCUAUACAGAACUAUGGAGAACGUUAUCAAUCUGGUUCAGGUGGAUUUGAAACUGUAGCCUUUUUCCAAGCAUUUGGUGAUUUCGUUGGUAUAUUCAGUCUAUCAUUAUUUAUUGGUGCCACAAUGGGCUGUAUUACAGCUUUAUUAACUAAAUUUACUAGAGUCAGAGAUUUUCCUUUGUUGGAAUCCGCAUUAUUUGUCUUAAUGUCUUAUAGUACCUUUUUAAUUGCGGAGGCAUCCGAUCUUACAGGCGUAGUUGCUGUUUUAUUCUGUGGUAUAUGUCAGGCACAUUAUACCUAUAACAAUUUAAGUCCCGACUCUCGUCAAAGAACGAAACAACUGUUCGAACUUCUGAAUUUUUUAGCUGAAAAUUUUAUAUUCAGUUAUAUUGGUGUCUCGAUGUUUACCUUUCCAAAACACCACUUUGAUCCAGGAUUCAUUUUCACAGGAUUUUUAUGCGCACUGUUAGGACGCGCAGCGAAUGUGUAUCCAUUAUCGUUUAUAUUAAACUUGGCACGAAAGCCGAAAAUUUCAUUAAAUUACCAACACAUGUUAUUUUUUGCUGGAUUGAGAGGCGCUAUGAGUUUUGCUUUAGCCAUCAGGAAUACCGUAUCGGACGCUCGACAGGCUAUGUUAACAACAACAAGCUUAAUUGUAAUUCUGACAGUCAUUUUCCAAGGUGGAGCAACAACUCAGUUUUUAAGUUGGUUUAAUAUACCAGUCGGGGUGGAUGAAGAAAUAGAAGGAUUGUCGCAUAAUGGAAUGCGUAGUUCUGGAGGCGAAGGUGGCUUUGGAGAUCUGGACAUGCGUAGGGAGCGAAGUCCUUCGGAUGGGUCAUUACCGGGCAGUAGUGCGAAACCUAAUGAAAAAGCAUUACUUGCCAGAAUCUGGGGUGAUUUUGAUACUCGCUACAUGAAGCCGCUCCUCACUCACUCCAGACCUACAUUACUGGAGACGCUACCUGUAUGUUGUGGACCUUUAUCCAGGAUUCUUACAACAACGCAGCAAAUGACAGAGGAUGAUGCAAUUAGAAAAAUAGAUUCAGAUUCAGAUUUUUGUCUUGAAGAUCGUGAAAUGGAACGACGAAGGACUAGUGUUCAACCGGUGAGUUUUCAUCAACCUAAUCUCAAUUACACUAUUAACCCGUGCUAUCAACCUAACAACACAGAUGCCACUAAUCCAGAUGAACCUUAUCUGGGAACUGUGAUGGGAGAAGUUAUUCCGGGACCACUACUACCACUGCACACACGCGUCGCCUUGCCAGGUUUGGUCGGGAGACAUUUGUAAAGACUAAUUGGUAAACAAACUUACAUUGCUUAAUGUAUUGUACUGUAUGUUCAACUGAUAAAUGUAUUUAUUUGAAAGGCUUAUCAUCUAUGCAGAUUAGUGUAUCAAAUGCAAUACUAUCUGUCAUAGAUUUAUAAAAAUGUUCCCAGUAUCAGCUGCCUUUAUGAUAUUAGCAUAAAAACUUUCCAGUAAUUAUAGAAUGCAUUCUUUUACCAGUAUAUUAUUUGUUUAAAAUAUAUUUACAUAGGAAUGAAUACAACUCUUGUUACAUUCACUUUAUAAUGGAUACAUUUUCAAUUUUAUGUUUAAAUUAUUUAUUACUGCUUGAUUGUCAUCGAUGUGACAAUUAGCUUGAAAUAAUCGACUUGUAUGUGCGUGCGUGUGCGUGUAUGUGUGUAACAUGUUCAAAUAUAUGUACAUUUAUUGGUUGUAUUAUGUUCACUGAAUCUCAAUUUAAUGAAGCUUAUCAAAACAGUUUUGUAGCCUUUCAUUGCAACGUUGUUUACUAUUGAGUAGAUGAGGUCCUGGCUCACAAUAAUUGUUAGAAAGCAAAUUUAUAUUAAGUUGGAUCAGAUACAAUAUGGUGAUACCAACAUAUAUUUGCUAAGUGUGCAUUAUGCAUUCGGAUAUAAUAAUUGAUAUAUUCGUUAAGAUAUAAGAAAAUAUUUCAAAAGUCAUCCCUUCUGACAAAAAUACUAUAUUUAUAUAAAAUUUUUACAUUUAUCCCGUGGCAAUAAAUUAACGUUCUUAUGACUAAAUUCCAUUUCGUUGAAAAUAUAAAACCUUUAAUAUCCUUUAAGGGUAAAAUGUGUGGAUACAAUUCAAUUUUUAUACUUGAAUGUAUUUUGCACUAAUCUCAUAGACAGUUACAUUUGUACAGCAGCUAUUUGGACAUAGAAUUUAAUUAUUUAUUCAACAAACUGAUUUUGCUGGCAUAAACAAACGAUUUUUCCUUAACCCACCAGCGGGCGCGCCUCUUUCUAUAAAUGGUGGGGUAAUUUCAAAGCAUUGCAUCAUUAAAUAAUCAUUAUAGACAGUAUGUCCAGGAUUCAAAUAUUUGUUCUAUGUUUUAUAAGGGUAAUACAAUGAAGAAUUAUGUAAUUAUCGUAUUAUGCAUUGACAAUUUCGGUACGCACAACCCUGGGGCCACGGGUCUGCUCAAACUCGGGCUUUCCCUAUUAUGGUGCAAUUGCCUCGCGCCCUGACACCAUUUAUGAUUUUAUGGUUCUUUUGAACGUAAAAAGUGAAUUCCAUACCGCUAAAAGCGUUAAUAAACAUAUUAAACAAUUUAGAUUUAGAUCUUUAAGACGCUUGAACGACGUGAAUCUCGUUUGAAGUUAAAAUAUCCUUAACGAUUAAUUGCAGCUAAUUUACAACACGUUUCGAAGAACGAAACAUUUAAAAUGAGACUAAAAGUAUAGCCAAUAACCCCCAAACUGAUAGAUAAGAUUUUUACAUGCUGUAUGUUUAUAAAACCGGCCCGUGUGGACGGUCGCGCCCGCCGAAGGGUUAAUGGCGCAGGACAUUUAGCAGAUUAUGAUAUCCGGAUAUAAGCUUUGUAUUAUAAUUUGUAAAUGUAUAUGCAUUUUAAAAACACGAAGAACGUAUAAUUGAUGUACAGGUAUACCGUUUAAAAUGAAAAGAUGUAUUUGAAAAAUUCCUGUACAUGGCGAAUAAAACAUGUGCCAAAAGUUCA